UUUACAAGCAUCUGGUGCUCCGAAAUUUUGACACAAUCACUCGCAGAAACCUACAUGCAUUAGUUAUUGAAAAUGACAUCUUCCAAGGAUCUUAACGUGGCCAGAAAAACCCUCAUCGCUUCUCUCGGUGAAAACGCAAAAGUGUACUUCGAGAAGAUGAAGCAGUGGUUUCAGAUGAAGACCUCGAAGGAGGAAUUCGACUGCGAAGCACGAAAUAUCAUGACUGAGGAGCAGGUUCAUCUUCACAAUGAAUUUCUCCUUUGUUUAUUUAAUAAAGUCAGGGGUCUCGCAACUGCAACACCGGGGAGGACUAUUAAAGUCAAUAAUACUCACCCGCAUGUGGACAAAGAUAAAACAAUAAAAGAGAAGAGAUUACGAUUGAAACGAAAGUUUAAAACUGACAAAUCAAAUUUUGAGCCGGCGGACGUGUACAUAGAAGUCCUAAGUCAAAAUUCAUCACCAGUUGGCGACGAGCCCAUCGGCGCCAACCGUUCCAGCGCUCAAGAGCUCGUUCUUCCUGAUCGUACCUUCGUCCUGGCCAGGCUCAUGCUGGCUGCCUGGGAGAAUAACAUGGACGGCGCCGAGGAGAACACUGCGCACAUCAUUAUUGCUGCCACUCAAAUAUUUUUAAAGAAUUUGAUAACAGCAAUUAUCACGAGGAGAAAGGGCUUCGCCGUUAGGGACGAGAGUUUUAUUUAUAAUAUUGGGGAACCUGUGCCAAGUUCGUGGAAGAGGAACACCAUUUCUAUACCUCAUAGUCUAUUUUCUAGUACUCCGACAGAUGUCGUAGAUUCUGAUGGACAAGUACCUGCUGUAAAACAAAGUAUUGAUGAUAUUGAGCAAGCAACUGCCUUUGCAAUGGCGUGUUCUUCGCAAACAUUGCCACCUGAGCUGCCUCCUGUUAGUGUUGCAGAUUUGUUACAUACGUUAAAGGUUCAUAAAAAUCUCGUGAACAAUCACACCCUCUACGCAACAAAUAUGGAACGUCUAUUCACGUACCCAACUCAUCCAACCUGGGACGACCUAGAGGUGAAAAAAUUGUUGUGUUAAAUUUGUUAAAUUAUUACUGACCUUCAUCAGAUGUACCAAACUCAAGACUGAAAAAUAAACGAUAUGAGAGUAAGGGUAAUUUAAUCAACA